GCUCACGGUCGCGGAUCCACUCGCUGCUGCUCGCAACUGAAUGCGAUCGGUGACAAUAGACGUUUACUAUUCACGCCUCGAAUUGAUCUCAAAUCGAAAUAAUUGACGUUUCUGUGUUUUGCAACCACGUCUGUAUAUUUGUUCACCAUGAAGAUGACAAAUUUCUUUUCAACCAUUCCGACGCAUAUGGAUUAUGAUGGCCAAGCUAGAGCAGAGAGAUUGUCGCGAGUCAUAAUAUCGUUAUUUGGGAUAGUCGGCUUAAUUUGGGGAUACGUCAUUCAACAAUUCUCGCAGACAAUCUAUAUUCUAGGUGCCGGGUUUGUUAUGGCAGCAUUAAUUACUGUUCCUCCAUGGCCUAUGUACCGUCGUAAACCAUUGGAUUGGCAGGCACCGCGGUAUGACGCUGCUACUGAAGUCAUUAAGCCCAAAAGGAAAAAAUGAUUACGGGACAUGUGUAUACUUCAAAUAAAAUAUAAUAUAUCGUACAAUGAAUCUUCAAUGUGAAUUGAUUGCUGAUACGUGUAAAUCUUUGCAUAUGUUUCACUGAACAUUUGUUUCAUGCAGUUAUGAAAUACAAACAU